GGGCGGCGCGCGGCGAUGGCGGCGCGGGGCGGGAGCCUGUACCUGGCGCUGCUCUGGCUCUCGGCGGCGCCGCUGCCCCGGAGCGCCCGCGGCUCGGAGCCCCUCGGGCCGGCGGAACCGUCGGGCGGCGCGGGCCCCGGGGAGCGGUUUAAGAUCGAGGGCCGGGCCGUGGUGCCCGGGGUGAAGCCGCAGGACUGGAUCGCGGGGGCCCGAGUGCUGGUGGACGGGGAGGAGCACGUCGGCUUCCUGAAGACAGAUGGAAGUUUUGUGGUUCAUGAUGUACCUUCAGGAUCUUACGUAGUGGAAGUUAUAUCCCCUGCUCAUAAAUUUGAGCCUGUUCGAGUUGACAUAACUUCAAAAGGCAAAAUGAGAGCAAGAUAUGUGAAUUACAUCAAACCCUCUGAAGUUGUCAGGCUGCCGUACCCACUCCAGAUGAAAUCUUCUGGACCACCUUCAUACUUUAUAAAGAGGGAAUCUUGGGGAUGGACCGAUUUCCUCAUGAACCCUAUGGUGAUGAUGAUGGUUCUUCCCUUACUGAUAUUUGUGCUUUUGCCUAAAGUUGUCAACACUAGUGAUCCGGAUAUGAGGCGGGAAAUGGAGCAGUCAAUGAACAUGCUGAAUUCCAACCAUGAGCUGCCAGAUGUGUCUGAAUUCAUGACAAGACUUUUCUCUUCCAAAUCUUCCAGCAAGUCUGGUGGUAGCAGCAGUAAAGCAGGGAAAAGUAGUUCUGGGAAAAGGAGGUAGUUAAAUCUUCCUCCUAAGUCUGAGUUUGCACAGCUAUUUGUUAUCAUAUGGUGUCAUGUUUAGUUGUCUUGAAAGAUCAAAAAGCCACUGCUGUAAACUUUAACCAGGCACAACACACAUUACGCUACAAGAGUGGUUUGUAGCUUUUUUUUAGAUUGUAUAAGCUGUUUUGUACUUGACAGUAAGCAAAGAUGACAUGGCUUCAAUACUGUAUCUGUAUAAAGUUCUUGAUGAUACGGAAUUAACUGUAUUGUUCUGUAGAGAAUUCAAAUAAAUUAUACAAUGUGCUUCACAGUAAUAAAUGUCUUAAGACAAUGUAUAAAAAAAUUUCAAAGAUAAUAGAAGUGGAGUUCAGUUUUAAGAUAUCUUUAAAGUUUUACACUUGCUGAGUUCUGAAAUGAACAAAUCAUUCUUGCAAAAUGGUGUUGUGAGUUUACUGAGUAAGUAAUUUGCUGUAUCAGCUUGUCAUAUGUUACAUAUAAAAUAAUUUCAUUUUA